CCACAGCCGUGAGCCCUCUGCCAUCUGCUCCUGAACCACUGACACUGCCAGAGAUGCAAAAACACUGCAUUCAAGCUAGUCGGCUUGUGGCUGCAUCGAUGUGUAGGUAAAUUCCAAAUGAUGGUUAAAAAUAAAUAAAAGAAAAAAACAAUUUUGGAUGCAAAUCUCUUACAAAAAAAAAAAAAAAAAAGCACACGGCGAAACCUUGGAAGAUUCACCUGAGGACUGGAUGUUCUCCAGGGAGGGAGGAGAACAUGAGAACAGCAGGGCAGGCCGAGACUGAGAGAUGGUGAGGCCGUCAGAAGGAGGACAGGAUCUGUUUUUUCCUUUUCACCGGUCAGAAAAUGAACAUGUCAGCAAGGGUAGUGUUUGGGAAAGGACGGCCCGCUCCCAAACAGCUCUCCUUCGCCUUCCCUCAGACAGAUUCCCUGAGGAAAAGCAGCCGGUCUGCAGUAGCAAAGAGGAGGAUGUUCUCUUUUUCUCUCAGAUGUCGACUGGGCAUCAUCAGAGGCAGAACCAAAGAUGAAGGACCGUACUCAAAGGGGAGCCAAGAGUCCAGGGCAACUGACCAAUCACAUUCGUCCCGGCGGCGCAGCCUUUCAGCAGAAGAGUACAGGGGAGUGACCACGGUGGACCUGAUGAAAAGGGAAGGCAGCAACCUUGGCCUCACCAUCUCCGGAGGGUCUGAUAAGGAUGGCAAGCCCAGAGUGUCAAACCUACGGCCAGGUGGGCUAGCUGCCAGGAGUGACCAGCUGAAUGUCGGAGACUACAUCAAGUCAGUGAAUGGCAUCAAUCUGUCAAAGCUGCGGCACGAUGAGAUUAUCAGCCUGCUGAAAAACAUCGGGGAGCGGGUUGUGCUGGAGGUGGAGUACGAGCUGCCUCCAUUUGUCCAAACCCCCUCAGGAGUCUUAACCAAAACCAUAGAGGUGUGUCUUCACAAGGAGGGAAACAGUUUCGGGUUUGUCAUGAGAGGCGGAUUCCACGAAGACUGGCGCCGGUCCCGUCCUCUGGUGGUCACCCACGUCCGGCCUGGAGGUCCCGCCGACAGAGAGGGCACUUUGAAGGCCGGAGACCGAGUCUUGAGCAUCGACGGGAUGCCUUUGAACAGAGAGAGGCACGCUGACGCUCUGACCAUGCUGAUGCAGAGCGGCCAGGAAGCUCUGUUCCUGAUUGAGUAUGACGUCUCUGUCAUGGAGGCAGUGCAGCAAGCCUCGGGCCCUCUGCUGGUGGAGAUAGUGAGGGGUCCCUCCGCCAGCCUGGGAAUCAGCCUCACCACCACGAUAUACAGAAACAAACAGGUCGUCAUUAUCGACAAGAUCAAGCCAGCCAGCGUUGUGGAAAGGUGUGGAGCGUUGCAUGUUGGGGACAUCAUCCUGUCCAUCGAUGGGACCAGCACAGAGCACUGCUCCCUGAUGGAGGCCACACAGCUGCUCGCCAGCAGCUCCGACGUUGUUAAACUGGAGAUUCUUCCAGCGAGUCAGGGCAGACUUCCCAUCCGGCCACAGGACACAGUGAAAGUGCAGAAAAGCAACCAUCACUGGGACCAGAGCAGCAACUACUGCCAUCCCCCACAUGCCAGCCACAGCAAGACAUGGAGCAGCCCGAACCACCCACACAACCAGCAGGACCACUGCAAAUCUCUGGUGAGCGGUGGCUUCUCCCCUUCCUCCACAGCCACCUCAGGCUUCAGCAGCCAGGGCAGCAACACCCUGCCCUGCCCAGUCCCCCCUCUUGCUCCCACCAGCCCUCGCAUUUCCACGGGCAAGAGGAGGAACAGGAAGAAGGACCACAAGAGCUCACUGUCUCUGGCGUCCAGCUCUGUCGGCCCGGGGGGCCAGGUUUUUCAUGUGGAAACAAGCGAGGUUGUCCUGAGGGGGGAUCCUCUCACAGGUUUUGGGAUCCAGCUGCAGGGGGGUGUCUUCGCCACAGAAACCCUGUCCGCUCCCCCAGUCAUCCGCUUUAUCGAGCCCGACAGCCCCGCUGAGAGAUGUGGCCUGCUGCAGGUUGGAGACAGACUGCUGUCCAUCAAUGGGAUCCCCACUGAAGAUGGCACGUUGGAGGAGGCUCAUCAGCUGCUUCGAGACUCUGCUCUGUCCAACAAGGUCACAGUGGAGAUCGAGUUUGAUGUCGCAGAGUCGGUGGUCCCCAGCAGCGGCACCUUCCACGUGAAACUCCCCAAAAGAAGAGGCGUGGAGCUGGGCAUCACCAUCAGUGCUAGUAAGAAACCUGGCAAGCCCCUCAUCAUCUCCGACAUCCGGAAGGGAAGCAUAGCACACAGGACGGGCACUCUGGAGCCCGGAGACAGGCUGCUGGCCAUCGACACCGUGCGUCUGGAGAACUGCACCAUGGAGGAUGCCAUGCACGUCUUGCAGCAGGCCGAGGACAUGGUCAAGCUGCGGAUCCAGAAAGACGAGGACAAUAUUGAUGAGUUGGAGAUGUCGGGAUCAAUAAUAUACACAGUUGAGCUGAAGCGGUACAACGGACCACUGGGCAUCACGAUUUCUGGCACCGAGGAGCCCUUUGACCCCAUCGUCAUAUCCGGUCUCACCAAGAAGGGUCUGGCAGAGAGGACUGGGGCCAUCCAUAUAGGAGACCGAGUCCUGGCCAUCAACGGGGUCAGCCUGAAAGGAAAGCCGCUGAGCGAAGCCAUCCAUCUCCUGCAGAUGGCCGGGGAGUCCGUCACGCUGAAGAUCAAGAAACAGGCCGAUCACUCUGACAGCCGGCGGCCUGCGGACCGAGAAGCCGCCUUUCUGAGUGACCCCGAGGACGACCUGACAGAUUACCAGAAGACCAGUAAACACUCCGAGGUCUACUCUGCCACCGUGCCCAGUAUAGACUCCGCCAUGAGCUCCUGGGACAGCUCCGGCUUCGACGCAGGCUACAGCAGCCAAGGGACAUAUCUUCACAAGGCAUCUGAUCUACUGCUCAAUCCGCAUGACUGGAGGCGCACAAAGCACAGGAGUCAAACCGCUGCCAGCUCGGCGGGCCUCGUCCACCACUCCGCUCUGUAUGACGGCAGAUUCACGGAGGAUGAGUGGGACAAAAUCCCAGGAUUCGUCAGCCCCCCUCGUUGCCAUGGCACCCUAAACCAGGGAGACAGCUUCUGGUCCCAGGCUCUGCAGGACCUCGAGACCUGCGGCCAGUCGGAGAUUCUCAGGGAGCUGGAGGCAUCCAUGACAGGUAGUGCUCUUAGUCUGUACCUAGAGGAGACCAGGACCAGUGAAGACUCGUUAUUUCAAUCUGAAACUAGUCCCGAUAAGAGGGAGGGAAUCCACAGGGAGACCAAAAACACAGGCAGCCUGAAGACUUCGUCUGGAGCCAGAGACGGAUCAUCCAAGGUCAAAGGAGACCCGGCGGGGGUUUUGUCUCCUACAGCUUUGGCCCUGCACAAGGUGACGGUCAGAAAGGACCUGGACAGCCGUGACUUCGGCUUCAGUGUUUCAGACGGACUCUUGGAAAAAGGGGUUUUUGUGAACAUGAUUCGACCUGAUGGUCCAGCCGACCAGGCGGGGUUGAAACCUUUUGACCGCAUCCUUCAGGUGAACCGUGUGAGGACCAGGGACUUGGACUGCUGUCUGACUGUGCCCCUCAUUAUGGAGGCCGGAGACAGCCUGGACUUGGUCAUUAGCAGGAAUCCGCUGGCAGCGGGGGACGGCGAGCCGUCCAGCGACUGUGACGGCCCCUCAAACUCACUGUUCUGCUUCCCCGACCACAGGACCAACAGCGUCGCUCUGUGACCUCAAACAUAGACGCUCACUGUUGAAACGCUGGAACCUCUCUCUCUCUCUCUCACACACACACACACACACACACACACACAUGGUUAGGCUUGUCACAUUGCACCUCUCACACAGACCUUCACACUCGUGUUGAGUUUGCACAGCGUCCUCGCAAACAGCCUGUGCUGGCCCGAAGGCGCACGUCUCCCUCCCGACGCGUCGGCGAUAUCCAGUUUAAGUCAUUGUGCUCACAUGAUGCAGUUCAGAGGAAGCUUCAGGCUUCAGGGCAGACAUCCCCCCCCCCUUCUCCCUUCACACACACAAACCCUCUCCCUCCCCCUCCCCUCUGCUCUCCAGGGGCAAAGCCACAUGCAGCGUUAUAUAAGAGAGGAGUCACGGCUCCUGAUGGAGGCAGGACGUCAGCGCACACGCCUCGGCUCUGCAGAGAGUCGAACGCCGC